AUGUUGGCCCGAAAAUUGAUGAGGACAAAUUUCGUGCGAAAUAUGUAUAUUCAAGUUCAGGAGACACCAAAUCCACUGUCUCUCAAAUUUCUUCCCGGCCAACAAAUUUUGCCAGACACAUCGAAAACCUAUGAUUUUGCAUCGGCAAGCACAGCUGUUAAACAAAGUCCGCUGGCUGUGUGAGUUUUUAGUCGCGUCGCGGCUAUGCGUCGCGGUUGGGUUGAGAACCGCGACGCACAGCCGCGCGCACGCGACUGACGAACCAGAAAAUUUUGCAGAAAACUUCUACGAGUCGAAGGAGUGAAGCGCGUGUUUUUCGGUGAGAAUUUUGUGACAAUCACAAAAUCGGAUGAAAAUGUUGAUUGGGCAUUAUUGAGACCCGAAAUAUUCUCAACAAUCGCUGAUCAUUUACAAACUGGAAAACCGAUUAUAAAUGAGGAAAAUGCUGGAAAUGGCGAGGAAGUUGGUGAGGUUUUCUGAAAAUUGAGGAUUUUAGCUACAAAAUCAUUUUUUAAUCGAGGAGUUUCGUCAAUUUUGAGAUGAAUUACGAUUUUUUGAAAAUGACGUGUUUUUUAAACCCAGAAAUUUUAAUUUUACAAAAUUUUGUGAUUUUUUAUGCAAAACAUGCAACUUGAUAAUAUUGUUUUCAAAAUUUCACCAAAAAAUUAUCAAAAAAUUCUGAAACGUAUUUUUUUCCGGGUAUUUAAAAUCCGAAUUUUCAUGAAAUUCGACUUCACUGUUUUUUCGAAAUUUGAAAAUUUUUAAACUAAUUUUUAAGAAGCUCCCAAAAAAAAUCUCUUGAGUUACGCUAACUUUUGGAUGUUUUUUUUUUCAAAAAAUCGAUAUUCAUCUCAAUGUUGACGAAAAUACUUGGUUUUGUAGCUAAAAACUUCAAUUUUUCAAUCAACGAAUGUUCUUAGCUCAAAAAAUUUUUUUCGGUUGAAAAAUUUAGGUUUUUAGCUAUAAAAUCAUUUUUUGAUCGAGGAUUUUCGUCAAUUUUGAGAUGAAUAUCGAUUUUUUUUUGAAAAAAACAUCGAAAAGUUAUCGUAAAAAACUCAUCGCAAAUACAUAUUUGCUUUUAAAAAAAUUGGGGUUUUUAACCCAGAAAUCUCAAUUUUGCAACAUUUUUUGUUUUGUUUUUUUGACCAAAUCAUUAUCAAACUCUAUUGCUUUCAAAAUUUCACCAAAAAAUUAUCAAAAUAUUCAGAAACGUAUUUUUUUCGGGUAUUUAAAAUCCGAAUUUUCAUGAAAAUCGACUUCACUGUUUUUUUUAACUUUGAAAACUUUUAACUAAUUUUUGAGAAGCUUUCAGAAAACAUCUGUUGAGUUACGCUAACUUUUGAAUGUUUUUUUUAUUGAAAAAAAUCGAUAUUCAUCUUAAAGUUGACGAAAAUACUUGAUUUUGUAGCUGAAAACUUCAAUUUUUCAAUCAACGAAUGUUUUAGCUCCAAAAAAAUUUUAUUGAUUGAAAAAUUGAAGUUUUUAGCUAAAAAAUCAUUUUUUAAUCGAGGAGUUUCGUCAAUUUUGAGAUGAAUAUCUAUUUUUUUUGAAAAAAAAACAUCGAAAAGUUAUCGUUGCUUACAAAUUUUGAUUUUUGGACGAUAUUGGCUCCAUUUGAAAAAUCGAUUUUUUUAAAGUUAAAAAUUAAAAAUUUUAACCCAGAAAUCCUCAAAAAAUACCUGAAAUGACUGUUUUCAAAAUUUCACCAGAAAAAUUAUCACAAAAUUCUGAAACGUAUUUUUUUCGGGUAUUUUUAAAAAAAAGUUUUUUUUUCUUAAACCAAAAAGUUUCCUUCCAGAAGACACCGAAGUUGUUCUAAUGAUCAAAGAAAUUCUCGAAAGUCGAAUUCGCCCAAUGGUCCAAGAAGAUGGAGGAGAUAUUGUAUAUGUUGGAUUCGAAGAAGACACCGGAACUGUGAAAUUGAAAAUGCAAGGUUCAUGCACUGGUUGUCCGAGUUCGGGUGUGACUUUGAAAAAUGGCAUUGAGAAUAUGCUCACGUUUUAUGUUCCUGAGGUAUUUUUGUACUUCAUUCUAUGAAAAAAAUAUUUGAAUUUUGUCAAUUUUCAAGGUGAAAAAUGUGAUUGAAGUGAAAGAUGAAUCGGAUGAUCUUGUUGAACGAGAAUUGGCAAAAUUCGAACAAUCGCGUGGAAUUAAAGAUUGA